AGCAGGCAUUACACAUAACAGAGCACAAGUGCUGGAGAAGACAACCUUACCCAAAAACAAAACAUGGGUUUACUGUGGUGGCGAAAGGGGAAUAAACCCCGAGAAAAUUCCCAAUCCUCCUCAAUUCCCAAAUCCAGUGCCGCAGACACAACCAAACCCCUCGCUGAGGCCCCAGGCAUGAACGGCGCCGUCGAGGUUCCCCGACCACCCAACGCCACCGUGUCAGUUUUCGAGUUCGGCUCCGUCGCCGCCUCCACCGACAAGGUCACGCUAGCCGGCUACUGCCCCGUAUCGGAAGACUUCGAGCCCUGCCGUUGGGAGAUCCUCCCAGCAACUCAGUCUAACGCGCCUCAGUUUCGCGUAGUUUUUUGAUCUCAUCUCUCUGUUCUACUUGUUCUGCUUAUGCUUAUGGGAUUCAAUUUUAUCUACUUUUGCUAUAAAAUCACCUUCGAGUUACUAUUAGCGAAAUUUUCCUCUAUCUUGUGCGCUUUUUCUAAUCUCUCUUUUCUUUUCGUCUUGUCAAUUUGUUUACAUUGAUCAAUCCAUGUGAUGUUCUCAGUUUCUUGAAUUGGUCAUUUUGGGUUAAAUGUUCUGUAUCAAAGUCCCAAUGGGUUCAAAUUACUCUGAUAACUAGUCUGGGAGUUAGAACACUCAGAAUAAUAAGUAUCUUGUUUUA